AAGAGGGAGGGUGAGGAUUUUUAGAGGCAGGCUAUAUAAAGUCAGCUGAGUUUGAGCAUCUUCACACCUGCAGGCUGACUCGACACUCUGUCUGACAAGUUGCUCCAAAAUCCAAACCAGAUUGCUUCAAUCAUGGAAAUAACCAUCGUUAUGCUGAACGGGACGUCCCGCACGCUGGUCGUGCCUCCCAACACCACUGUUGGAUCUCUCAAAGCUCAGAUCGAGACCGAGAUGGGGGUUCCCGCUGCGACCCAGCGGCUGGUCUAUGAUAACUGCCAGAGGGUCACUAUGAGCGAGGACUCCCGGUCUCUGCAGUCCUACGGCCUCCAGGCCGGGUCCCGGGUGUCCCUGGUCAUCACGCAGCCUCCCGAGCCCGCCAACAUCGAGGUGUUCCUCAAAAACGAGAAGGGCCAGCUGAGCACCUACCGCGUCAAACCCACCGAGACCGUCAGCGACUUCAAAAUAAAAGUCCAGCACCGAGAGGGCGUGCCGGCGAACCAACAGAGGCUCAUCCACCAGAGCCGGGAGAUGAUGACCGGAACCCUGGCGGACUACGGUGUGAAAAACAUGAGCACCAUCGACAUGCUGUUCCGCCUAAGAGGGGGAAGCUGCCUUCACUUUUACUGUUAAUUCUUUUUCUUUUUUCGGCAAAUAUUUAUACUUAUUGUGUAGUUAAAAAAUAAUAAAGAAAAUAAAGACAAGUCUA